CGCGCUCUCAAAACGGCUACAAACUCGCGGAACAGGCCCUCAGCUACCUUGCCUCGGUGGCUCAUGUGAUCCGCCAUGGGGUGGUGAGACUCUUGACGCGACUUCUGCAGGGUGGUGCUGACAGAAUGUAUGCGUUCAUGUAGCAGCCCGUUGACCCCGGCUCUGUCAACCGGAUUCGGCAGGAGUACCUCGGUGACGCGUUCGAACAAGGCUAUCAUCUGCACUGCCGAGAUAUACCGCCAGAAAAACCGCUUUUCGGUGAUGUGGGGCCGGGCCAGCACGCCCGGCCAGCACAGUGUUCCUUUCACGGCCAAAGCACCGUCAUCGACGGCCGCACCAGCGACAACGCCGCCAACGGCCGCCACUACGGUCAUCGCAGUGACACACCCGCCGGUGACUGCACCCCGGUCCGUGAUCCUCGAUCACCUCAUGGAACAUGGGACCUGCUACGCCCACGUGUUCUCGGCCUGCCGUCGACAGGGCCGUUGCAGGUGGCGACACGACCUACUGCCAGCGUCAUUCUACAAGGACGUGCCACGUCCGGCGAGCCAUGGGGCUACUCACACGCGCCGCGUCGUAGCCGCGUUGACGCCCGCCCAUUACGACACUGCCGUGGCCAUGGGCCUCGAGCUUCACGUGUCGGGCGAGCAUCAGGUGGCGAUGAUGGCAGGGAACAUCCCGCUGGGACCCCGGAGUGACGCCGAAAUGUGAAACGAGGACCCGGGUCUCGCCAACCCGGGACACCUUGCGUCCACGAGGACGGAGCACGGCGCCGGCGAUCAGUUGUGGAUACGUGGUGAGAUCGGACGAGUUGGGCGUAGACGUAAGUCGUACCCAGUGGAGAUUUUGCUUGAUACCGGGGCGGGCGGGGGCAACUAUAUUUCAUUGGAGCUGUGGUUUCGCGUACGUACAUUAGCGAGGUGCAGGUUGGACAGACGUUCGGCGGGAGCGUUGGAAGCAGCGAAUCCGUCGGAAAGUGGCGUGCCCCCGAUGCGCAUUCUAGGACAUGUCACGAUCCCAAUCCUGUUCCAAAUCCACUCUCAAUUACGAUUCGUCACGGCCAGAGUAGUACCGGAUCUCCUGUACGGUAUUAUCAUCGGCGCUGAAUAUCUUCGACGCAACAAGAGCACACUUGAUUUUGGAGAAGGCAAAGGCUUUCAACCCACGCCUGACGCGCCCUUCGUACCGUUUCUGUCGAGGCCGGUAGACCACCCUGCCCAACCGUCACCGCUCUCAGCCGCACACGACCGCUUUGCUCUCUUGACAUGCGACCCGCAACGCGACACUAACCUGUCCGACAUUGCCCCGCUGCCCGAGCUGCCCAGUUAUCGUGACGUCGCGUGGGAGGAUGACAGCACUCUGGGAUGGGACCUGUUUCUAGGCUCGCGGAUGUCAUCAGGGUUCACUACUAUAGCGAUGCAGACUGUAGCGAUAGGUCCUCGGCCACAGGACAGGCAGUUGGUGAUGGUGUUGCCCACGGAACGGUUCGAUCUAGAGAAGGGAGCCACAGUUGGGAUUGCACGUGCAGUGAUGUGGUGGACGCCGGGAACACCGGUGUACUGCAAGUUGGUAAACCGCCAUGCUCGGGUUGUCGAAGUCACUAACGGUGGCAUUUGCGCCAGGAUGAUCGCCCUCAAUGUCCGCGACCGGGGCCGUUUCGCCUCUUUGUUCGACGAUACCCCGUCCAUUGUUGACCCUCCACUCCCUGACCCGGUUGUUGUGCCCACCCGUGACACGAGCGACGAGACCUCCGCGGCCUCGCCACCCACUGUACGGGCGGCCGACGCUAACAUGGGUCAGCUUGGAGCGCUACAGAAGCAGGAGUUGGUCGAGGUUCUGGCCACGUUCGUUGAGGAAGGCCUCUGCCCGAUCGACCCUAAGAGAGUGGCCGCAUGCGGUGGCAGUGAGUUGGAGCUUCCUUUGAUCGACGAGUUUUGUACACCUC